CAACCGCUCCACUCAUACGCGCACGAAACUUCGCGCUCCUAAACUAACAAUUCGAACUUUUCUGUAAAUUAUAUUUAAUUUAACUAAAUCUGUGAAUACUCUUGGAUGCAGUUUUAAGGAUUUGUGAACUUUAUUAAUAACAUUUCGGCAAUGAAAGAUGUUGCCGUUGAUGAGAACAUAAAAAUGUGUAUCUACAUUCAAAGAUCACUUACGUAGGCGUGCAAAUAUUUCAAAAUAACAUGUUCGAUAGUCAUUAAAUAUGUCAACAUCAACGUCAACGAUGCAGAAUUCUACGGGCAAAACUGACUACAAGAAUGAUCCGAAGUACCAGUGGUUCGCUAACAUGCGAAGAAAAUGCUAUCGUGAGAACACCACACAUAGCACCAUCCUCAACGAAGAUAACCUAGAUAGUGAUCUCUGGUGCCCACGGACGUUUGACGGGUUUGCCUGCUGGGAUGAGACUCCCGCUGCAACCACUGCAUACCAGCCGUGCCCCCAAUUCAUCAUCGGCUUUGACCCCAGGCGUUACGCUUACAAGACAUGCACGGAAAAUGGAACAUGGUUCUUGCACCCGCACGCGAACAAACCAUGGACCAACUACACCACCUGUGUUGAUGUUGACGACCUUGACUUCCGGAACAUCGUGAACAACAUCUACGUGAUUGGGUACUCGCUGUCAGUGGUUGCUCUGCUGAUCUCAGUCUUCAUUUUCCUAUAUUUUCGGGUACUACAAUGCACACGAAUUCGUAUCCACGUGCAUCUCUUUAUCUCAUUCGCUCUGAACAACAUUCUCUGGAUCAUCUGGUAUCGGGCCGUGGUGAACAGGGUCAGCGUGGUACAGGAAAAUACAGAGUGGUGUCAAGUCCUUCACGUCAUCACGAACUACUUUAUGGUGACCAGCUAUCUCUGGAUGUUUUGCGAGGGGCUUCAUCUGCAUAUUGCUCUUGUUGUGGUGUUCGUGAAAGAUGAAGUUGCGAUGCGAUGGUUCGUCAUCCUCGGAUGGGGUGGCUCGCUGGCAAUCGUGCUGGUUUACGCAGUCGUCAGAUUCUUCACUCCUGGCGCUACUGAAAGGUGCUGGAUGGACCAAAGCGACACAUUCUGGAUUAUCAUCGUGCCCGUUGGACUUUCGUUAAUGGCUUCAUUUGUAUUUCUGGUGAACGUGGUACGUGUGCUCGUGACGAAGCUGCACCCAGCACCGACUCAGCAUGCAUCUGUAGCUGCCAGGAAGGCUGCACGAGCUGCUCUCAUACUGGUACCACUCUUCGGUCUGCACUUUGUACUACUCCCGUUUCGGCCAUUGCCUGACUCGCCAUGGGAAAAGGCUUACCAGAUAUUUUCGGCGCUUCUCACAAGUUUACAGGGUCUGUGCGUGGCGAUACUGUUCUGCUUCACCAACCACGACGUCGUGGUCGCCACUAAGACAUAUCUAUCACGCUUUCGCACACAAAACGAGGGCAUUCCUAUGACUGGUGUAACCGGGGCUGAAAGCUUAGUGAACACAAGAGACCAGGCUGUAUGACCCUACGUAUAUAAUCAUUUAGCUCGUACACACUUAUUUAAUAUUAGGAUUAAGUGACAAUGAUAUGAUUAUAAGAAUGACGAAGCAUAAUUGAAAUAAUUGAAAAAAAAGUGAACCUCGGAUCCAAACCGACCACCUAUAAAACUCAAUAAACGGACACUGAAUAUUGUUAUUGCUGCAUUUUAUUUAACCUUGGUUUUAAUUGAAAAAAGGACUUAAUAUCUUUAUGCGUCAUAAACAGGGAUUGAAGUUACGGGGGAAACAGUUCAAUUAGGUUAGGCAAAAGAAAACGACACAUUUUCCUCAAGCU